UGCAGUGCCAGGCUCUCUCGGGUCAUUUAUAGAGUCCAGCCAUCAGCAGACAGCUGGGAGCUUAAGUACUUUCCAUUAAUGGCUCAGCAGGAGUACAAGGCGCUCAAUGACUAUCUGUUCGAGUAUAAAGGAAUGACCUUCCCCAUAGGCGAGGAUUAUACCAUUACUCCGGAGUUCAUAGACAGCUUAGAGCACUUUGAGAUCAGAGACAGCGAUGUCUUCCUUGUCACCUUCCCGAAAUCUGGUACUGUGUGGACCCAGCGCAUAAUUACCCUGCUCUUUAACGACACCUUUCCGGACGAUGUGGACAAGUUCACGUACUUCCGCAUGCCUUGGCUGGAAUUCGUACAAAAGAGUAUGGAUUACAACAGCCGCCCGUCCCCUAGACUCUUCUGUUCCCACCUCCAGGAGCAAGUGGUUCCUAGAGGCUUGUGUAACAAAAAGGUCAAGGUCAUUUAUGUUACCAGGAAUCCCAAAGACAUCAUGGCUUCCUACUUCCACUUCUCCAAGAUAAUGAUCAAGCUGGAACAACAGAAAGACAUGGACCAAAUGAUGAACAGAUUUCUCCGUGGAUGGAUGAUUGGUGGUUCCUGGUUUGACCAUGUUAAGGGCUGGUACAAGAACAGAGACAAGUACAACAUCCUGUUCUUAAGCUAUGAGGAGAUGAUCAAGGAUCUAAGGUCCAACGUUGUGAAGAUCAGCGAGUUCUUGGGGAAGAACUUGUCCGAUGCCGCCAUCGACAGGGUGGUGGAAAUAUCCACCUUUAAGAACAUGAAGGAUGACAUCAAAGCCAACUACGAGUCAAUGCCUACUGAUAUCAUGGACAUAGCCAAGGGGAAGUUUAUCCGCAAAGGUACGAUUGGGGACUGGAAAAAUUUACUGACAGUGGCACAGAAUGAGAAGUUUGACCAAGUGUUUCAGCAGAAAAUGAGUGACGUGCCAUUAACCUUCAUCUGGGACGUCGAUGAGCUGCACGGGUGACAAGCGCACGAAGACACUGUGACUUGAGUCAUGAGUUGCGGUCCCACAGAAGAUAAAAAGAAAUAAAAUGGAUAUAAAUGGACUAUCACAGAUUACACCACCUACUCCCAACACAAAAUGUCACCCUAACCACCCAAAUUAAUAUUUCAGAUCAUUUACAUUUACAUUUACAUUUACAGGAUUUGGCAGACGCCCUUAGCCAGAGCGAUUUACAUAAGUGCUUUGAGACUCUGCAAUGAAUUUCCAAUGCUAGCUCAAGUUUAUUGAGAUCAGAUGUGGGGCAAGUCUCCUUCAUCAGUAUUAUUAGACAUGUUCAGAAUAACAUUACAUUGCUCAUAUUCAGAAACAUCUUCCUCAUCAGCUGUACCCCCCAGCAAAGGAAUACAUGCCAUAUUCAGGGGUCGAACUAUCUAAGACUUGGCAGAGCUCUUUUCAAAUAAAAAAAACAAAUUAAUAAAUGAAUAAAAGUUUUCGGACCUUA